AUGGUUGUCUGUUUUCUUCUUUUUCUUGUUGAGUGUAAAUGUGAAAUCACUGAAAUCAGUUUCAUAUUUUAGUAUUCUGUAGUGUGUUGUAUUUCGUUUCAGAGGAAAGCAGAGUCAAGAAACCUGCAUGAGACUUAUAACAUGAAACUCUUGUAACUACUUUAGCAAGUAUGGCUAGAUCGGGAAAAACUGCGCAAGAAUUUAUUCAAAGCUCCUUUUCGCCUAUAAUUGCAGUACUAUGCAGUCCAAAAGUAGAAAAUGUUACUUCAAAAAACAAUUUAUCUUUUACGGAGUUGCUACAGCCGUUCGGAAAUAUGGACUGGGAAGGUCAGAUUCGAGAGCCUGGUGGAAGUGUAUGUAUUGUUAAAAACUGGAAAGUGAUAAUAAGGGAUGUUCAUUGGAAACCCUUGCCGCCCACUGAAGCAAGGAAAGAAUUAAACAAUGCAGUCUUGCACAACUACACUGACAAAACUGUGUUGUUAGAGCUAGAUGGCAGAAAAUUUGAUGUUCCUCAAUCAACACCUUGGUUUGAUGCUUGGCGAGAGACUUAUCUUGAGGUGCAGUUCCCAUCUGACCAUGAGUACACUAACCACUUCCUCUCUUGCAUUAUUGUGGGUACAACCCUUGAUGAUAAUAUUAUUGACACAUUCAACACAUUAAAUCAGCAGUAUGCACAGCUCCAGAAUGUUACACCACCAAAAUUGCCAAAGUGGUUUAACAAUGGUGUACUGAAGUCAUAUCUUUUGUUACAUGAUGUUUCUGCUGUAAGCAAAGACAAGGCUGAUGCUGCAUUUGAGUCCUUGAAACAAACCUUUGGCUCCAGCAACUGUUUUAUGCUGUCAAUUAACUCUAAAAGCACCACCGAUCCAAGUUUACAAACAGAUUAUUGGGCUCAGUAUAUAAAACGAUCUAAUGAUUCAACUAGUGAAAUUUUAUCAUCUGUAUCAAAUCUACCAACAACACCCCCAGAUCCACAACCAUUUCCUGUUGGUGCUGGCGCAUCAGAUGAUAGUGGUGUACCUAAUCAAAAUGUUCCACCAGAAGGUUUGCAUCCACUGACUGCUUCUGAGAAUGAUGUUUAUGAUAACGCUAACAGCUUACAGACUCACUCAUUCUCAGGCAGCUCAGAGAGUAUGAAUGUCACAGUGAAGCCACUAGAUUACUCCACUGAAGUCCAUGGACUUGCUCUGAAUGCCAAUGAUAUUGAUUCCAUCAAAAAAUUUCUUCAAGAAUAUGCUGGCAAAGCACUGCUUCCAUAUUUAGAAAAACAAAUAUUGCAGCUAUCUGAAUUGGUUGCAAAUAGAAAAGGUGUUAGUAGAUCAUUACUGUCUGCCACCAAAAGAUGGUUUGGUACAGGAAAGGGUGGGAAUACAACUGGGAACAAUACUGUAAUCUAUUCCAGCGAUUGCCCGGAGCUCCAACUACGUCGUCUAGGCGACCUCUGGUUCCUAUUAGGCCAAUGGCAGCGCGCCUUCGACACGUACCACACGGCCAAGCGCGAGUUCUAUGCCGACAGCGCGUGGCUGUGCUACGCCGGGGCCUUGGAGAUGGCCGCGGUCAGUGCAUUCAUGGCGGGAGACGCUAAUAAGAAAACGCAUGGUUAUAUGGAGGAGAGUAUCGUGACUUACUUGAAUACCUGCAGGAUGGUGCAGUACGCUGUGCGAGCUACACUGCUAUCAGUCCUCUGCCUCAGCAGCGCCGGCCUGCACGGCGAGGCCGCUAAACAGCUGAUCCGCAUGACCUCAGAGGACAGCGAUCUCCGCAGCGCCAUGCUACUUGAACAAGCAUCGCUUUGCUUCCUUUCUGGACCUGGAUCGAAGGCUAUGUGUAGGAAAUACGCCUUUCACAUGGUGCUGGCUGGACAUAGGUUUUCCAAAGCGGGGCAGAAGAAACACGCGUAUAGGUGCUACAACCAGGCUUAUCAGGUGUACCGCGACAGCGGCUGGCGUCUCUCAACGGACCACGUGCAGUUCGCGCUGGGUCGCUUAGCGGGCGCGCUGCGGCUCACGCGCGAUGCGGUGCGCUGGCUGGGCGCGCCACUGGCCCCCGCCGCGCGACACCAGCCCGCCGCGCAGCAGGACGCCUUCCUUCGCGAGUACAUGCUGCAGCACCAGGUACAGCUGACAGUGGACCGGCUGUGGCUCACGCGUGACGCGGUGCGCUGGCUGGGCGCGCCACUGGCCCCCGCCGCGCGACACCAGCCCGCCGCGCAGCAGGACGCCUUCCUUCGCGAGUACAUGCUGCAGCACCAGCAAUGGGUGGACAGCGAGGAGGAAUUCAAGGAGCAUCUGCCAGUGCUCCCGCUGCCGCUGCUGGAGAGCGAGGCCACGUCGGUGUUGUGCGUGGGCCCCGCGCCGCUCUCCUCGCCAGGCCGCGUGCCCGCCACCUCGCUCGCCGCCCACCACACGCCGGACCGCCAGGAACAAUACACGUGGCAUAAGCUCGAGGAGAUGCUGCUCCAAGUUGUCUACGGCAGCGUGCCAAUGAUCUUCAAGCCCACCGUCGACCUGUACACGAACAAAACUGACUUGAACCCGGUGGCUCCCCAAGGAGAGCCAAUACAAAUAUUAAUCACUCUUCGAAACCCGUUGAAAAUAGUCAUCAUUCUUAAAGACGUUGAGCUUUUGUGGCAAUUCGUUUCGGAAAGCGAUGACUCCAAACAAUUUGUGAACAAUGAGCCCAUGGUGGCAUCCGGGAGCUCUUUGGAAAGCAGCUUGAUUUGCGGGCAGAAGAUCAACUCCGUGGUGCUGGAGGGAGAGAGCAGCAAGACGGUGACGUUCAGUCUGACUCCCUUGCGCAUGGGGCGGCUGUGUGUGCAGGGUGUGGCGUAUAAGUUAAUUAAUGCUGGAGAAGGAGGCAAUGAAAAUGCAACUGGUUCGGUUAUAGCAGGAAAACUGAAUUUACUAUCUGGAAUCAAUGCUUCUGAUAAACGUUUGCAAAUCACUGUGAUUCCUCCCGCUCCGUGUUUACAGAUGACGUUCACGGAAAGCAGCGCGGAGGUGAUAAGCGGGGAGCUGCGCAUCGUCGACGUGGAGAUCCGCAACGUGGGUCCCGUGGACGCGGGGCCUGUACACUUUGCCGUGUCGCGCCCCGAUUGCGUGCAGCUACUGACGCCCGAUAAUGAGGAGCUCUUCAAGCCGUUAUACGACGAGAAGUAUAAGCAUCCCUCCGUAUAUUCGGACGAGCGUGCAGCGCGCGCGGGCGCUUGGCGCGCGCUGGCGGCGCGGCACGUGGUGCGUUGCACGAGCGGCGUGCCGAGCGGCGCGUGCGCGCGCGCCCGCCUCGUGCUGCGCGCGCGCGCUUGCGCUCCCACGUUGGCGCUGCUUGCGCUGUACGAGCCCGAGCCCAGGGCGCCGGCCGCGCAGCGCGCCUACAGGCUGUUGCGCCAUGUGUUCCGGUUCACGCCCAAGGAAGCAGUGGAAAUAUCAGUUACACCCAGGAGAAGCAUAAAGACCACCCCAGAUAAGAUUUCCGAAAAUAUGAAUCUAGUCACUGAGAUUAAGAAUAUUUGCGGAGAGAAAGACGAUGACAUUAGUAUUGAAGUUCUAGAAGCUUCUUUGCUCAGUAGGCAGUGGCGCCUUACUGGUAUGAUUGCAUCUGCCGACAAAAAUCAACUGUUGCAAUCUCGCGAAAAGAUGCACCUAGUUUUUCAAGCUAGCAGAAUCUUUGAGUUUCCGUCAGAGAGUAAAGUAGGAUGGUCGGGAUUAAAGAUUGCAACAGGACAACCCGAUCCUGAAGACAAUAUCACAGUCUCGCCGUAUUCCCACUUCGUUACUGACUAUGAGACUACCAUAGACAACAUGGAUGCUAAUGGAAGGUCCGAUACGAAAGGGGGAUUGAUACAAUCCAUGUUUGUGGUGAGAUGGAAGGCUCAUCAUAGGACGAAAGGGACGACUGUGAAUGGCCAGCAUUUUCUCUGGAUGGACGACUUUACCAGAGUCAUGUCCCGCGAGAGAGAAGUGGUGUCACCCGACGCGCCGCUGCAGCUCGACGAAUACGAGAUCAAAUUAGACCCCCACGAUACUAGAAAGAAAAAUAAAGAUAAUGUCGUUGUCUUUAGAAUGGAGCAUUCGAACCUAAUCAGUCAUAACUUCGAGAAGAGUAAACUGUGCCUGGUGCCCAUAACUAUCAACAUCGUCAACUGCUAUGAAGUCCCAGUGAACGUGUUUAUUGACAUGUCAAAGCAAACCAACAGGGAGGGCGCGGGCGGACGGGCGCCGGGCUGGUGCGGCGCGCUGAGCGGGGCGGCGCCGGGGGAGCCGGGCGCGGCGCUGCGGCUGGAGCGCUGGCAGGCGCGGCGCGUGCGGCUGCGCGCGCUGGCGGCGGCGCCCGGCGCCUACGUCGUGGGCCCGUCCUUCGCCGUGUCCGCCGCGAGCGGCGACGCCGCGCUCACUCUCGCGCACGCAUCCGCACCCGCCGACACCUCUCUGCUCGUCAUCCAGACUCCGUAGAGCUGCGGCUUAUUACUUCGACAGUUGAUAUUGUGUGCGAAGUUUUACGACUGUUUCGCAACGAGUUUGUUCACGAUUCGCUUGCAACAUGUCGUAGGCAAACUUCAUGCGAGAGGAAAACGAGCGUAUGUUUUGGUUCGGGCUCGUUUAUUCCGUCGCAUGUAUUAUUAACUUUGUGAUUGGUGUCGAUUCUUAAGUGAAUAUGGGGCUUUUUAUGACGAUAUGUAAUAUUUGGCUCGCUGUUGUCCUAGGUGAGUGUCUAUAUUUUGUUGAAUUUUACUAAGUACCUAUACGAUGAAGUCAUCUCUGAAAUAAAUAUAGCAAAACAAAUAUAUUUUAUGUUGCACAUAAGUAUAACGUGAAUAAAUAUUAUGACUUAA